AUGGAUAUUCACUCCAGAGAUGAUGCUUUGAUGUGCAAGAUUUUUCCAUCGAGUUUGGGUCCGACGGCGAUGAGGUGGUUCAAUGGCUUAAGGGCCAAUUCUGUUGGAUCUUUCAAAACACUGACUCGGGCUUUUGGUGCUCGCUUUAUUACAUGCAGCCGGACUCCUCGGCUUUUGGGAUCCUUGUUGACUUUGUCUAUGCGAGAGGGCGAGACUCUCAAGAGUUACUCGGAUAGGUACUGGGAAAUGUUUAACGAAAUAGAGGGAAAGAAUGAUCCUGUGGCUAUAACCACUUUCAAAGCUGGUCUCCCAGUUGAUCAUGAUUUGAGGAAGUCCUUGACGGGUAAACCUGUCACUAGUGUGCGCCAGCUGAUGGACAGAAUAGAUAAGUACAGAAGAGUAGAGGAAGAUCAACUUCAGGGGAAAGGAAAGGCCAAGGCGAUCCCUCAGGAGAGGAGGGAUUUCAGGUCGGACCGUUAUAAUAACAGCCGACCAAGGAGGGAUUUUGUUGGGCAGUCAGUCUCGGCGGACGCCCAGGUUGUUAAUGCAGUAUUUCAGGAGCCCGUUCAGCAGGUUUUGGAGAAAAUAAAGAACGAGCCAUUUUUCAAAUGGCCGAACAAGAUGGCAGGGGAGCCCAGAAAACGCAACUCGAGUUUGUAUUGCCAUUAUCAUCAGGAUCAUGGGCACACAACAGAUAACUGCAGGAAUUUAUGGGACCAUUUGGAACAGUUGGUCCGUGAAGGGAAAUUAAAGCAACUCUUGCAUCACUCCAGCUGA